UGUGCAAUUGGCCUGGAUGGCUACUGAGAGUUCUGAAAGAACACAAGCACUCUGCACUGAAUCCAGUGGAAGCGCCUUUGCACCUCGAAACAGAGCAGAGAUUUGGAGAAAAGGAUAUUACACUAAAUAAAGAAGCCAAUGGACUAAGAAGAGGAUGUAGGUGUGAUUGAAGAUGUUUUCUCAUCCCACUUGAAGAGAGAAUCAUGAGUAAAGUGGAGGACAGGCAGGAUCAGAUGAUACCAUGAAGAAAAGCUCACAGGCCCUCUAUCGCAAACUGCUUAGUGUUCUACUGAUCCUGGCACUGACAGAAGAGCUGAUAUCUGCUGUACAGGAACUGUCUCCUAGUCUGAUAUCUCAGGGACCCAUCAAAGACCUCUCUGUCACUAGGGCAAUGUUGAACAGGUCUAGAGCUCCUUCCUCCAGAAUAUCAGGCAGUUCAGUCUGGCAACAAAACUCCAGCACAAAAGGAAACAACUUGCCAAAUAUUCAGGGACACUAUGCCACUGAUCUGUCAGGCUCUGGCAACAUUGAACCCACCCCAACUACCAACCUUGUGAAAAAAAAAAUAACAACAGGCUUACCCCAGGGUGUUUCUAUCAGUCAUCGCAGCACAAGAGAGGAUGUCCAUGAAUUCCCCCACAACAGUACUUUAAAUGCAGAACAUUUAAAAGAAAAGAUGCCCGAGUUGGAUACAGAUGGGCCCACUGGAUCCCCACAGCCUUACUUUACCACCAAACCGCAGCCUUUGUCUUCAACAAGAAUGCUUCUCGAUCAUUCUUUGGAUAGUCCAGACCUUUCUGGCAUCCGUGCCAAUUCUUUGCAGGAAUUAUCACAAAUCUUCAAUGUCUCAAUUGCCAAUGGCCUUACAAGCACAGGGCAAGAUGGAAGCUCAGAGGUCACCUCGCAAGGGUGGACAGAGACACUGGUCCUUUCUAUCUCACCAACCAUCCCAUUGGUUCUGCCUGAGACAGCAUCGGUGCCUUUUGGUUCCCCCUCUGACAAUGGUGUCUUUACUUUAAGCAGCUCUUUGACUGAGCAACUGCCAGGCAAAUCCUUAAUGUUUGCAACUCCCACAUGGAAUGAGCCCCCAUCCUCACAAUGGCCUCAGAGUCCUGCUAAAGAACAGGCUAAUAUUUCAUUAACUACAUUGGAGAGUGAUACAAAGACAAGCACGACUUUCAAUGGCAGUGUAAUGAACACUAAUUUGGAUGACAUGGUACCAUGGAAUGGAACCUUUGCCACCACUACAGAAUCUCAUUCCACGGCAACAGGGAACUUCCUGAAUAGAAAGGUGCCUGCAGUGACCAAGGGGCCUGGAUUUCCUGGUAACCACUCCCAUGUGACUGAAGUGGACAAGCCUCAUCAGAGGGCCACCAUCUGUCUCAGCAAAGUCGACAUUGUGUGGAUUAUUUUGGCCAUCAGUGUCCUCAUUUCAUCCUGUUUCUUAUUAACUGUGUGCUGCAUGAGGAGGAAGAAGAAGACCUCAAACCCGGAAAACAACUUGAGCUACUGGAACAAUGCUAUCACGAUGGAUUACUUCAACAGACAUGCCGUCGAGCUGCCCAGAGAAAUCACAUCUCUAGGAACUGCAGAGGACCAGGAGCCUUGCUCCCCUCCGAAUGGUGAUUACACACAGAGUGGGAUGGUCCUUGUCAACCCUUUCUGUCAGGAUACCCUUUUUACCAACACUGAACAAGUGUCUGAAAUAUAGUCUGCUGCAUUCAGAGAUGCUUUCAUUGAUGUAUUUAAACCGCAUAUUCUUUGUGAAACAAUGAGAAUGGAAAUGGAAAUGGUUUUUUCCUUAGUUGUCUUUUUCAAAGACUGCUUUACAAAAAAGAAAACUAUUUAACUAUGAAGUCUGCCAGUGUAUUUUUCUGACUUAAAUGUUUUCUACAAUUCCGUAAUUAUAAUAAUAUGGUUUGUAUCUGUUUUUUAAACUAUUUUGUUAAAGUGGUGUGGUGAGUAAAUGUAGCGACGCUUGCGUUUGAUUUUGUCGUAGAAAAAUGACGUAACCCAAAACAAUUAUACUUUACUAAAAGCCUGUUGAACUUGAAUUCUACUUGAAAAUACUUAAGGGGGUCUUUGCAAUUCAUUCCUGCUCUUAACUGUUUGCAAGCUGAAUGCUUAGUUUAGUAUGUAGUGGAGGGGCAAUAAUAUUUAGCUUGAUGCCUUUGUACCAUAUAGGCAGGGAUUUAAGAAUAGGCCUCAGGAUCUUGUGAUGGUCAGGUGUUCCUAAGAGAAGGCUAUUUAAAGGAAACCAGAGGGCCACGUUAAUGUAAACAGACAUUGUUUCACACUGAGAUGUAUUGUUUUUACUGUAUAUGUGAUUUAUUUAGCUUGUUUGCUGUUACCAUGUUUUAGUUGAUUUUCUGCUACUGCCCUGAGGACCAAAUUCAGCUUAAAGGUCCUAUGUAGAGCAUUGAGUAUUAAUGUGUGUUUGAACCCCUGCAAUAUAUCCCGUUCUGCAUUUAAGUGCCACUGAAAGAUAUCAGGUUUCUUGGAAAGAAAUAAUAAGAAUAAAAUUACUUCUAUUAAAAAGAAACAAUCUGGUAUGUGAAAUCCUGUUAAAUACUUUUAUGUCAAGGUCACUUUGAGACGAAUUACCUGUUUGGAGGUCAUUGACUGCAGAUUGGCUGGUAAAAUCAUGUAAAAAAUGUGAUACUAUUCUUGCACAAGAAUGAAUUUACAUUGUAUGCAAAAAGAGGGUGGGGGAAGGAGGUGAACUGUUUAUCUGUUGUACACAGCUGCAAGAUUUUUUUUUGUAUUGUAGUAUAUACACUGUAAUUUUUACUACCAAGCAAUAAAAAAAAAAGUUUAAAAAAUUGUCAUUUUGUUUUAUUAUAACAACUUUAAACACAUUGCUUAGCCAGUAGCUUUCAAUUUAAUUAUCCUUUUUUUUUAAUUUU